AUGUCCCCUCGUAAGCCGGCUGGUCUAGAGGCUGUGAAAGCAAUCAAGGAAAAGGACAUACCCAUUGAAGGCCUGGAGUUCAUGGGCCCAAGCAAAGGAAAAACUGAAAACUCCUCUUGACCUCAACUGUAUGGAUGGAGUCGCUAAUGUGAGGCUGUGGACUGAGCAACAUCACCAGGCAUAAGACUAGAUGCCACCCGGAUAAGACCUUUGUUAAGCUGCUUUCUAGGAAGCGAGGAAUCUUCUCCCGCUUGUAAAAACAAACAGCCACAAAAAAAAAAAAAAAGGAAAGAAAAAGGCUGGAUCAUGUGGUAACUGCUGCCUCCUUUUCAAUGAAUUUUGGUGGUGGUUCAGCAUCUAAAACAGUGUGAAAAGCCGUUUGAACUAACUUCCUAUUGAAUGUACCCUAUAAUGGGAGAAUACUUAUUACUAGAGUGGGCUGAGAUAGUAGUUGCUUUGUGACCAGUUUCUCUUGCUUAUUUAUAUAACACUUGAAAGUGUUUAAAAGGAGUAUGAAGGAGGUUGAUUUAUUUUGUCUUAUCUCUAUGCUGCUGAAUUUUGGUGGAAGAAGUUUGUUUUAUAUGAUCCGGAACGCUGAGGGGCUAAAGCAUUGUUUUGUAUCAGCAACAGAGAUGGUAUAAAAGCACUCUAUUGGACCUGCAGUAACUUAGCUAAAAUAAAUAUAACCAGGUUAUAUUUUGUUCAAGUA